CUUUCCGGAGAUGCCACGAGGGCGAGAGCCCUACCAACGACACCCGGACCUGCGUUUUCGACGGGACCACGGGACCGUCGCGGGGGGGCACCGUCGGUCUACAAAGCUGCACCGACCCAUGCAGUGCAUCCGCUGCUGUCGCUGUGGCAAGGGUGCACAGGCCGACGCCUCCGACGGUUCCGAGUCGGAGGCCGAGAGCAGCGUGGACGAGGAGAUUCAAGAGGAGAUUCGAAAUCACGAGCAAGAAUGGGAUUCUUUGUUUUUCCCGAUGGACGCCCUGUGUGGCAUUUGUCCCAGGGAGGAGGAGGAGGAGGAAACAGAGCUAGAGGUCCUUUUUGGGACUUGGAGAUGUGUGGACACCUGGGGCUUGGAAGACUUUCUGAAAGCCAACAGGGUCGGCCUCAUCCAGCGCAAGGUGGCCCUGGCGGCCAAAUGGCCCAAUUGGGACUUCCACCGGAGCGAGCAGGGCGUGCGCUUUGUGAAUCACAGUAUGUUAGGCGACCUGGUGGAGGAGGUGAAUCUGCAGGAGGAAUACGUCUCAAGAGACGGCCAUGGCAACCUGCUGCGAUGCCAGGCCGAAUGGGUUCAGAUCUCCACCGGCGGCAUGCUGCGCACCAAGAAGACGGGCGAGAUCGGCGAGUGGACUGAAGAGAGAUCAGUCACCGGCGACAAGCUCGAGUUCGUCCUGCGGCAGUCCAACGGCGCCCAAUGGGGGCGAUCCUUCGUUCGGGAGACGCCUGCGAUGCUGUGAGAAGGCACAUUUGAAGGACCACCGCGGUCACAAAGAGCCCGCGAUGAUCUCGCCCUCAGUGACUCGAUGACAAUGAUCCCUUUGAUGUCCUGCCAGUGGCGGAAAAAGUGGCCCGUGGGCAUGCGGCAAGUAUGCGCAAGAUUUGGAUGCUCCCAGGAGGGACUGUAUACAUUCACACAGAGAGCAGAUUCAAACAGCAGUUUCACAAUGAUUGCAAUCGUUGCACUCAUCC